AUGGCGCCGACAAGAAAAGCUUCGGCGUCGCCGUCGAAAACCCGUUCAUCUGGGUCGUCCUCUAAAAUAACGCUCAAGAAAGUCAAGGGCGAGAACUUCUAUCGCGAUGCAAAAAAAGCAGCCCGAGUCAAGAUGUUGAGUGGAGGCAAGCCAGUGCGGGAUAAGGAUGGGAAGAUCAUACAAGCCGCUGCAUUCCAGAAGGGGGAGGACGAGACAAAGCCAGGGAGAGUGCAGCCUGACCGGCGAUGGUUUGGAAAUACCAGGGUCAUUUCGCAAACUGCGCUGGACCACUUCCGGACAAGCUUAUCGACGAAGAAAGACGAUCCUUACUCUGUUCUUCUGCGACGGAACAAACUGCCUAUGGCGCUGUUAGACGAUGCUGCCAACUCAAGUUUGCGCAAGCGUCCGCAUAUCGUUGAAGUAGAGCCAUUCAGCGAAACGUUUGGUCCAAAGGCGCAACGAAAACGACCCCGAAUUGAAGCCAACUCAUUCGAUGAGCUCAGUAAAUUAGGAUCAGCAGCAGCCGAGAAAGCUGAGGAGGCUGCAAUGGAGAACGGUACUGGCACUGUCGAACGUUUGGCGUCAUCCGUCGUUGAAGCGCCAACACAUGCUGACUACCACGAGCCCAUCUAUGCCAAGGGAACUUCACGCCGAAUAUAUGGAGAACUAUACAAGGUCAUCGACUCUUCCGAUGUCAUUCUCCAUGUUCUCGACGCCAGAGACCCGCUAGGUACGAUGUGUGAGUCGGUCCUGGAGUUCAUCAAGAAAGAAAAAUCGCACAAGCAAGUUGUCUUGGUCAUCAACAAGUGCGACUUGGUUCCCAACUGGGUUACAGAACGAUAUAUCAAGCACCUUACUCCUCGCUAUCCUACUAUCGCUUUCCAUGCCUCGCCUAACCACUCAUUUGGGAAAGGCGCGCUCAUCCAACUCCUCCGCCAGUUCGCACAGCUUCAUUCGGACAAGAAGCAAAUAUCAGUUGGCUUUAUGGGCUAUCCCAAUGUCGGGAAGAGUAGCGUAAUCAACACGCUCAAGAGCGGCAAAGUCUGUCGUGUCGCCCCAGUGCCAGGAGAAACGAAAGUCUGGCAAUACAUCACCCUCACACGGCGGAUAUACCUCAUCGACUGCCCUGGCAUCGUCCCCACGUCUGCCAAUGACUCCGAGACAGCAACAGUGCUCAAAGGUGUCGUUCGCGUGGAAGCACUGAGCACCCCUUCGGAUCACGUGCCAGAGUUGAUGCAACGGGUGAAGCCAGUUUACCUCGCGCGAACAUAUGGCAUCUCGUUACCUGAAGGCCAGGACAAGUGGGAGCCAGAAGUCUUCUUGGAGGCUCUUGCUCGCAUGAAGGGCCGGUUACGAAAACAAGGAGAGCCCGACAUGGAUGCAGUCGCCAAGAUUGUGUUGAGUGACUGGGUCCGGGGUCGAAUACCCUUCUUCGUUCCACCGCCAGAGAGAUCAGAUGAAUUGAAUGAGCGGGAGGCCAAAGAACGAGCCAAACGCGAAAAGGAGGCGGCGAAGAGCAAAGGAAAAGGCAAGGAGACGGAGAGGCAAGAGGUUGUUGGUGUGAGGCAGAACUUGGGAACGAUGAUGCAGAAGAAUACCUUUGUCGCAGAGGAUAUUCGGCCAUUACAAGACGUCUUCGUGGGCCCAGCGGACGGCGAUGAGGAGAAAGCAGAGGAUGAAGAGCAACCCGAGCCAGAAGAAGCUGCCGAAAAUGCUUCUGGUGGUGAGGAAGAUGAGGAGUUGACAUGGAAUGAUGUCUGGGGUGGAAUUCCCCCGGAAGACGAUGCAAAACAAGCAUCCGUCGACGAUGAUGAUGAUGAAGAGCAUUCCGCACCAAAGAAAGAAGCUCGAAUGACGACGAACAAGAAAAAAGCAACCAACUUCUAUUCUGGGGCCAACGUCAAGAAUAAGAGCCGUAGCAAAGCUGCCCUGCUCAAGUCUCUGCCCCAUGGAAAGAGAGGAAGGAGGACAUAG